CCUGGGAGAGAUCAAGACCGGCUAUGCGCGAAAGCUUUCGUUAAAAAGUGGGUCAAUUCCAACCAUGAAUACUUCGCAAGGAAAGUCUGGCGCUUCAGAUUCGCAGCCUGGUACAUCUCAUCAGGGCCACAGUUCCGCACAAUUUCACAUGUCAUCUCGAACAAAAAAUGUUGGAUCUCAAACAGACAGUAUAGAAACACUGCCUGCACCGUCUCCAAUGACGCGAUCCUUUGGCACACAGUUGUCUUGGGGCACAAUAAAGGGAACGCACGUAAGGAACAAAGGUACUGAAACUACACCUAGUUUCCCUAUGGUGCCAUAUUCUUCAACUCCCAUCAAAGCACAUCCUUUCACACCACGCAAAAGGCCUUAUCUUGACUUGGAAGAAGAGGAAGAUACAGAUAUUUCUGAAAGCAUCGCUGAACCACACGAUUCCACAUAUAACCCUGAUGACACAGUUGUUACAGAGGAGUCCGAAUUAGCGCAACAGACCACAAACAACGAGUCAAAGUACAUUGUUUUUGAAAGCUGCCUCCGAGAGCUGUUUGAAACAUGCCCAGUUUGCAAAACAAAGUGUGAUGUUCAAUUUAGACGAGUGGGCACCUAUGUGUUGUUCAUCCAGCUUUGUCCAAAGUGCAGUUAUCACAGAAAGUGGGAGAGUCAGCCUGUCAAUAGAAGUACCCCUGUUGGAAACUUACUGGUGUCUGCAGCUAUUUACUUCAGUGGUGCAUCAUUCUUUCAGUUUGAAAAGAUUUGCAAGGCCAUGCAACUUAAGAUGUUCCACUACGAUGCAUUUAGGAGACAUGCUAGGAACUACCUUGAGCCUGCUAUAAUACACAGGUGGAACUUUCUGCAGACCGAUAUGUUCAAAAAGCUGCAAGAACAGAGAAAAGUUGCAGUUGCUGGAGAUAUGAGGGCUGAUACACCGGGGCACUCAGCAAAGUUCGGCAGUUACACCUUGAUGCACCUCGAAAGCAACACCAUUCUUGACAUUCAGCUUGUUCAGUGCAACGAGGUAGGCGGUAGCUACCACAUGGAGAAAGAGGGCUUGCAGCGUUGUCUGGACCAUCUGGAGAGUAAUGGUUUGGAAGUGGAAUACAUCAUAACGGAUCGUCAUCCCCAGAUCCAGAAGUUCCUUAGAGAGCGCAAUGUCGUGCAGUUCUACGAUGUGUGGCACUUCGAAAAGGGUUUGUCUAAAAAAUUGAACAAACUUUCCCUAAAAAAAGAGUACUACAUUGUGAAGAUGUGGUUGCACAGCAUCAAGAAUCACAUAUAUUGGAGUGCUACGACGUCUACUUGUGGUCCAGAAAAGGUGGCCAAAUAUACUUCCCUGCUCAACCACAUUCAAAAUGUCCACACCCAUGAGAACCCUGUAUUCCCGACAUGUGCACAUGCAGGCAAAGUGUCCAGAGAUCACAAAAAAUGGUUCCAACCAGGGUCAAUGCCACUCCAAAAAGUUGAAAAGAUCAUGAACAAUAAGCGAGUCCUGAAGGAUGUGGAGAGGCUCAGUCACCAUUACCAGACAUCUUCACUCGAAGCCUUUCACGGUGUGAUCCUGCGUUUCGCCCCUAAGAAUGUUGUUUUUCCAUUCAUUGGAAUGUUGUGCAGGUUGUACCUUGCAGCAAUUCACUACAAUGAAAAUAGAGACCGUGAGCAGGCUGUAACAACUUCUGGACAACCUAUAUACAAGGUUGUGUUCCCCAAGUCAAAAAAGGGUGAAGCCACUACAAAGCCACUAAAAACACCCCCUUCAUAUGAAUAUGUAACUGACUUGAUGAAGCUAGUUUUUGAGGAGGUGUUUACAGACCCCGCACCAUUUGUGGAGGAGCUAAAACAAAUCCGCGUUCCUGCUUCUAUGUCCUCGCAGUUUGAUAGGCCUUCAAUGGAGGAAGUUGUUGGCCGGCAUGUGUCACUCUUCAGACAAGCGGUGGUCGAAAGCCAACAUAUUGUCCAUCCGGAUGUGGGAACUCCUACCGAAUCCGAAGCACAACACAGGAUGGGAUAACAACACUGACGUUCUUUCCUAAAUAUCCCCAGCACCAGUUUAUGAAGCUUCGAUAGGAGAGAUACCUGUACCGCCUGUAAAGAAAAAUGUCAAAUAUUAUAUUUUUAUUUAACUGAAAAAAGGUGUACAUGUUUACUAUUGUAUUAAUUGUUUUUACCUAUAAUAUUUGAAUAAGAUACCUUUGUUUUACUAGUAGUUGCUUUGGUGCCUUGAAAAUAAAUGUUUUUUGUUUUAUAAAAUAAAGAAAUCAUAUGACAUCAACAA